AUUAAGUUAAAAACUUUUAAAAACUGUCUUUUACUAUGAAAUUGUAUGAUUGAAUUGAAAUCCCAACCACACCCUAAUCUAUUCUAAGGCAAUGAUGCCAUAGGAAAGCCUAACCAAAAACAGAACAGUUAGUUGCAGUAGUUGUGGUAAAGUCGGUGGCAAAGAGCAAACUCCGAGAGAAAGAGAGAAACAUAGAGAGAGAUAGAGACUAUGGUUGUGGUCUAAAAAAAGUCGCACUAUUUUUAUGUAAAACCAACUAAAAUAGGACUCUUAUGUGACUCUCUAUAGUUGUAAUUGGAUUACAUAAUCAACUAAUUGUUUUUUUCACAGUCUGUCAGUUAUAUCUUUCAUUUGAAAUCAGUUAUCAAUUGUAUUAUUGUUGUAUUAGUUGUUUCUUUUAAAUCUAACCAUUAUUAUUAUUAUUAUUAUUAUUAUCUUUCUAUUUGUCUCUCUAUCAACUAUUUUCUUUAAUCUAACAAACAGUUGUUUACCAAUCAUUUGACAGCUGAUAAUUGAUUAGUUCAGCCACUAUGCCCGCAACAGCGACAGUUCAGGUCAGACAAACCACAACAACGACCACUUCAAGAGCCUCUGUCUUAGUGAUCAACUCGGGAUAUGUGACCUCAAAACUAGGAUUACUUAAACUCAUACUUUUGAUCUUGUCAUUGAUAUGUUUCAUAUUGUUAUUAUUGGAGGCGUCCCACUCUUAUGAUCGUUAUUGGUAUCAUGGCUAUUAUUAUCCACCAUCGGAUCAAUUUCUGAUUUUGGUCUGUUUUGCCAAUUGGUAUACCAUAACAUUAAUGUUAAUUGCGGCUUUACUAUCACUGGGAACUGCUAGUAUAUUACCUAAAACAAGUUUUGAUUUUAUAUUUCACUUCAUUGGAUGUGUACUCUUCCUUAUCGGUGGACUUUGGGUGGCUGUGGGUGCCUUCAAACAUGACAACCGCAGCGUUAAGAUACAGACCGCUUGUAUAAUUGCACUCAUUUGCGGAAUCAUUCAUUUAGUUCACGGAGUUUUCUCCUACAGACUGUGUAUUACAAACUGAUAAAAAUUAAUUAAACAGUACUUUCAACACACUAUUAUUUAAGCAUUUUUAUUAGUAAUUAUUA